GGCUCGCACCUGCUGUGAGCGGCGCUGCAGCAACAAGAGGUCACGCUUGAAAACGUGGCGAGGGGGGGCGUGCGGUCCACAGCCUGCGGCACCGCCAGUCGGAUCCGGGCCUUCGAUGCGCACACACGCACGCACGGACGGACGUCGUAACCGGGCCCGUUAUUUCCGCAGCUGACCGCGAUGCCGCUGAAGAACAGCAACGCCGUGGCCGUGGAGAGGCGCGCGGACCUGGCCUCGCUCUUCUGCAUGAUCGGGCGCCACGGUCCCGCCGUGGUUCUGGCCGCGGUGGCGCUGGUGUCGGUGCUGGCCGCCUUCGUCAUCUACCGGACCGUGAGGGGGAAGCGGAGGAGGCCCACGGCCGCAGCCGCCGACGGCGACGGCGGGAGAGGCGCGACGGCGAACCGCCCGGAACACGAGCCGAACCCCGAGCCGAACCCCGAGCCGAACCCCGAGGACGCGUUCGGCCGCACGGACUCAACAGAUGUGAGUGAUGAAGGCUCAUCAGAUGUGAAGGAGGCGGCUUCUCUCAUUCAUCCCAAUGUCCGACUGCGCCGCGCUGCUGCUGAUGAAAAGAAGCCCCCGCCGUGUUCUUCUGCACACGGAGGCCGCCCGGUACCGGUACCAGCCUAUGGCCGCCCGGUUCCGGCCUACGGCCACCCGGUACCAGCCUACGGCCACCCGGUACCAGCCAGCAGCCACCAGGUGUUGGAGGAGGAUCAGAAACAUGUUAAGAUCCCGGAAAAGCAGGUGGAACCUGCAGUGGACAGUCCCGUGCCCUUUGACCAAACCUCUGCCAUUAAUGAAAGUAUUGAUGAGACCUUGAAAAACCGUGUGACGCAUCGGAGCGAAGAUGAGAAGCAACGUCUGCGUUUGCAAAAUAAUCAAAAACAGGAUGAGGACGAAAUGGCUGCCGUUCAUGAGGUGAAGGAACGCGAGUCCACGCAGAGUGAUGACAGCAGCCGGACGGGGCUCUCCUCUGAUUCACAAGCUAAAGUCUCAGGCUUGGGUAGUUUAACUCAGCCCAGUUCAGUGGUUCCGUUGGCUGAAGAACCUCCACAGCAGCAAAACGGCUCCAGGACCAAUAACCAUUUGGCGGCUCUGGUUCCGUGUGGAUGCGACGAAGAGUCGGAUCAGAAUGUCACCGCGUGUAAAGACCAGCAGCGUGACCGCAUGGGAGCCCACGAAGCCUUCGAGACACGGGUCGAUUCUGCUGCUGACGCCGGUGGUGCCGGUGGUGCCGGUGGUGCCGGUGGUGCCGGUGGUGCCGGUGGUGCCGGUGGUGCCGGUGGUGCCGGUGGUGCCGGUGCCCCUGUCAAGUCAGAGGGAGCCUCUCUGACUGCGUCUUCCACCACACAGCAGCCAAAUGCUGUCUCUGAAGCGACCUCUCCUGUCGGUGGCGUGAAUCCUUCCAUCUGUAAAAUUGACCCGCUGUCCUUUGAGCAAAGCGAGCAGACGGAGACCGAGCGGGACGGCGCCGCCUCCCCCGCUGUUGGACCAGAGAGCGGCAUUUCAAGCAUGGCCGUCAGCCCCGAUUCGCCGGAUGCUGGUGCCGAGCUGGAAACCGCGGUUAAUGCUGCGGCCUGUAGAGCACGGCCUGAAGAAUGGGCCGAGGCCCAGAGCGGCGCCGAGGCCCAGAGCGGCGCCGAGGCGUCAUUUGCCACUGAUGACCGUCACGGGUCCGUUAACGAGCAGAAACCCCUCAGCGUGUCCACAGACUGGGCUGAAUACGGGUCGGCCGCAGCCAAUGAGGACGUCUUCGGCCACGAGGUUGACGACCGCUACCAGAGCGCGCUGGACCAGUACAUGGCACAGAUUACAGCCAGUGUCACCAGUGAACCCAUGAAGACGACGGCCAGAGAAAAUGCGGGAGGCGUGGAGGUCAGAGCAGGAUGUGGAGAAAGUGUGAGGAAGAAGGAAAUGCAAGUGAAGGAGGAGGAUGAGGAGUGUGAAAAGACUGAAAUCAGUAUAAUGGAGGCGACUAUGGACCACAAUGAGUGGAUCACAGACAGUAACUACCAAGUUCUCCCCUGGAUGAAUGUUUGCGCUUCACCUUUGGCUCAAAGUGACCAAAACGCCGGGCCGGUUCCUCUCAGAGCCGCUGAGGAUGAAGUCCAACCGAAGCCCGCGCUCGGCGCCGGUGAGGAGAAGAAGGUGGUGGCUGUGCAGCCGAUGCCCCAGAGCGUCAGCGUCACCUUCCACACCCACUACACGGCUCAGAACCCGCACCAGACGGUGGCCGUGACCGGGAACCGGCCCGAGCUGGGCAACUGGAGGGAGUUCAUCCCGCUGGAGCGGGCCGGGGACGGGCACUGGGCGGCGGCGCUGAGCCUGCCCGCCGACAGCCACGCGGAGUGGAAGUUCGUGCUGCUGGAGAAGGGCGAGGUGUGUCGCUGGGAGGAGUGUGGAAACCGCCUGCUGGACACGGGCUGUGGAGAAGACGUGCUGCUGCACAGGUGCUGGGGAGUCCUAUAGGAGGAGAGCGGCGCGGGCCCGGUACCGGACGCUGGACCAGACCCUGGCUUCACUAAAUAUUUAGGCUCGGCCUCUGGAAUAUGUGACUUUGAGUGUGUGCUUCUCGUAUCCAGUGGUUUAGUAGAUUAGUUAUUAGUCAAAUGACAUGAAACGUCUUCCUUUUGAUCGUGGCAUCAGAUUUAAUUAUGCAAAUUGAAACUCCGAAGGAGGAACAACAUACUUUGUCCAUUUGCUGCUUUAAAACCUCCCCAACGAUCGAAUACAGUAAAUGCACAUAGUUGACUUCUAUCAGCAAUAAUCAAAGCAAUAAUCCUUCAAUCUGUGUGAAUAGUGUUAUCAGGUAUUUUAAACUGAUGCUGCUUCCGUCGUGUGGAAUGUGCCUUUUUAAACAUGAUUUUUCUAUUAUGUGUUGUAAUGCUCGUCAUCUGUUUUACUGAAAUGACUUGUUUACUUAAAAUGAUGCUGUUCUUAAUUUGUGUAAACUAUAACCUGUCACUUAACAUUGUGAAUGAGUAUAAUCAAAGUGGAGCUGUUUAAAUAAAUGAAUCUUCGAAGUCUGUUAAA